AUGUCGUUAGCUAUAAUACGACGAGCUGUACAAACUCCUACUUUAAAUGCUGCAAGGUCUAUCCGAUGCAACCCUUUUGCAGGAUUUUCAACUACUUUAAGAUAUUAUAGCUCGAAACAUGUUAGAGGUAGUUUCAGGGAAACACUGCCGAACGCUUUCGCCCGCUCCAAUGUUGGAGGCACGUCAAAUGUUACGCUGAACAGACACACAAUUCUCAACCCAUUCCUCUUCAUGCAAGCUAGAAACUACGCUGACAAAACCGUCACUGUGCCACCGAUGGCCGAAUCGAUUUCGGAGGGAACCCUUAAGAGGUGGACUAAACAGGUGGGCGAUUUUAUUCAUGCUGACGAGGAAAUCGCGACCAUUGAAACCGAUAAGGUCGAUGUUACCGUCAACUCGCCCGUGUCGGGUACUAUAAUAGAACUGUAUGCUGAAGUUGACUCUACCGUGACCGUCGGAGCCAAUUUGUUCAAGGUUGAACUUGGAGAUGCUCCAAAGGAGGGCGCUGCUGCUCCCAGCGCUUCCGCAGAAGCCUCCCCUGCACAGGAAGAAAAACCUGAAACACCGGACGUAAGCAAAAAGAAGGCGGAAUCGGCACCCCCAGAACCAAAAUCUGCGCCUUCUCCACCACCUUCGUAUGAACCUCUCCGAUCUCCGCCCCCACCACCUCCUCAAUCCUCUUCACCUCCCUCACCUCCCUCUCGACCCGAAUCACCACCUGCUUCACCUACUCGAUCUGUGUUACCGCUUCUUGCAGCCACUGGAUCCCCAUAUGGGCCAAGAGAAGAACGUCGUGUUAAAAUGAACAGGAUGCGUUUGAGAAUUGCUGAAAGGCUCAAAGAAUCACAGAAUAGUGCUGCUUCCUUGACGACAUUUAAUGAGAUUGACAUGAGUAAUAUUAUGGAACUACGUAAUACAUAUAAAGAAUUAAUUUUGAAAAAACACGGUAUCAAACUUGGUUUCAUGUCUGCAUUCGUGAAAGCAGCCGUGUAUGCAUUACAAGAGGUGGCUGUAGUUAACGCAUCGAUUGAAGGACCGGACGGAGGUGACACUAUUGUGUACAAAGAUUAUGUUGAUAUGAGUGUUGCAGUAGCGACACCGAAAGGAUUGGUUACUCCUGUUGUGAGAAAUGCACAUUUGAUGUCCUUUAUCGAGAUUGAGAAGGCUAUAGCCGAGUUAGGACAGAAGGCUCGUGAUGGCAAGAUUACAAUUGAAGACAUGGCAGGAGGAACCUUUACCAUCUCCAAUGGAGGAGUGUUUGGAUCAUUGAUGGGUACCCCAAUCAUCAAUAUUCCACAGAGUGCUAUCCUAGGAAUGCAUAUUACAAAGGAACGACCUGUAGCUAUCAAUGGGAAGGUUGAGAUUCGUCCAAUGAUGUAUGUUGCAUUAACUUAUGACCAUCGUCUUAUUGAUGGUCGUGAGGCCGUUACAUUCCUGAAAACGGUGAAAGAACAAGUAGAAGAUCCACGUCGAUUGCUACUGGACGUGUGA